CACUUCCGUGUCACAACAACUCCACUUUCCACAACCUUAAACCGAUCACCCUCGUUUAACACGACACGACACUCUUCACUCUUCAUCUCACAGUAUCACCAUUUUCUCGUUUCCUCAAAGUUCCAAAACACACGUUGUUUCUUGUCGUUUUCACUCUUCCCGUGAAUCAUGGAACAUUCCACCGCCGGCGACGACUUCAACUACCUCUCCGGCUUCGGCAACCACUUCUCCUCCGAGGCCCUCGCCGGAGCUCUCCCGGAGGCCCAGAAUAGCCCCCUUAUCUGCCCCUAUGGCCUCUACGCCGAGCAAAUCUCCGGCACCUCAUUCACUUCUCCUCGGAAUCUCAACCUCUUCAGUUGGUUUUAUCGGGUCAAACCAUCGGUGACCCAUGAACCGUUCAAGCCUCGGGUUCCUUGUAAUGGAAGGAUUUUGAGUGAGUUCAACCACUCCAACAGUUCUACUAACCCAACACAGCUUCGAUGGAAACCGAUGGAUUCGCCUGAUUCACCCACGGAUUUCAUUGAUGGGUUAUCUACGGUUUGUGGUUCUGGUAGCUCCUUCAUGCGCCAUGGAUAUGCUAUUCACAUGUACACUGCUAACAAAUCAAUGAACAAUUGUGCCUUUUGCAAUGCUGAUGGUGACUUCUUGAUAGUUCCCCAGCAAGGAAGACUCUUCAUAACUACUGAAUGUGGAAGAUUGAAAGUUUCCCCAGGUGAAAUUGCUAUGCUACCCCAAGGUUUUCGUUUUACUGUCGAUCUGCCUGAUGGUCCAUCACGUGGCUAUGUUGCUGAAAUUUUUGGUACUCAUUUUCAACUUCCUGAUCUGGGACCAAUAGGUGCUAAUGGUCUCGCUGCCCCAAGGGAUUUCCUUGUUCCUACAGCAUGGUUUGAGGAUAAAUCUUAUCCUGGGUACACCAUAGUACAGAAGUUUGGUGGUGAACUAUUUUCUGCAGUACAAGAUUUCUCUCCCUUCAAUGUUGUUGCUUGGCGUGGUAAUUAUGUUCCGUAUAAGUAUGAUCUUAGCAAAUUCUGCCCUUACAACACAGUUCUCUUUGAUCACAGUGAUCCAUCAAUCAACACUGUGUUGACAGCACCAACUGAUAAGCCUGGAGUGGCAUUGCUUGAUUUCGUCAUUUUCCCGCCCAGAUGGCUGGUUGCUGAACACACUUUCCGGCCUCCAUAUUAUCACCGCAACUGCAUGAGUGAAUUUAUGGGUCUCAUCCAUGGUGGCUAUGAGGCGAAGGUUGAUGGGUUUCUUCCGGGCGGUGCAAGUCUUCAUAGCUGUAUGACUCCCCACGGUCCUGAUACGAAGUCAUAUGAGGCCACCAUUGCGCGUGGGAAUGAUGUAGGACCUAACAAGAUCACUGACACGAUGGCUUUUAUGUUUGAGUCGUGUUUGAUACCUCGCAUUAGUCGAUGGGCUCUCGAAUCACCAUUCUUGGACCAUGAUUAUUACCAAUGUUGGAUUGGCCUGAGAUCUCAUUUCAAUGUUACAGAGAUAUCUCCUAGAACCCCAACCUUGGAUAGUGAAACGGUUGCUGGCGACACAAAAUCCAGCUAGACAAUGGAAGUCUUGAAUUUCGUUGUACAUAAGAAUCCAUCCAAUGUAAGCAAAAUGUUGUAUGUAAAAAUCAAUAAUGUAAAGUAAAUAAUGAGAUUACUUCAAGAAAAAAAUAUAACGUUAUAUUAAUGUUAUAUUAGAUGUUGAAUAAUGAAAGUUGCAAUUGUGAUUC